CAACGAGAGACGAUAGUGCGAUAGCUGCACAUACAUGCACGAGCGCGAGCGAGCGAGUAGUCGCGUGAAAAUGGCGGUGUGAGAUGGCAGGACGACGGUCGGUGUUGACUUCGGCGGACUCUCUCGGCCCGGGUGGCCCGACUCAGGACCCGUUGCGCGAGCUCUUCGAGGCCUGUAAAACCGGUGAUCUCGCGCGAGUCAAGAAGCUCGUCACCCCCAAGACGGUCAACGCUCGGGACACCGCCGGACGCAAGUCCACUCCUCUGCACUUUGCAGCUGGUUACGGUAGACGGGACGUUGUCGAGUAUCUACUCCUGGCUGGAGCAUCUAUUCAGGCACGCGACGAUGGUGGCUUACAUCCUCUGCAUAAUGCCUGUUCCUUUGGUCAUUCAGAUGUUGUAAGACUUUUAUUAGAAGCUGGAGCUAAUCCCAACACAAGGGAUAACUGGAAUUAUACUCCAUUACACGAGGCAGCUAUUAAGGGUAAGAUAGACGUAUGCAUAGCAUUACUGCAACACGGAGCAGAUCCAAAUAUUAGGAAUACCGAAGGUAAAACUGCCUUGGAAUUAGCAGAUACAGCAACAAAGCCAGUCCUGACUGGAGAAUACAAAAAGGACGAGUUGCUGGAGGCUGCACGCUCAGGGAACGAGGAACGUCUUCUUCAACUUCUGAAUCCUCUUAACGUAAACUGCCACGCUAGUGAUGGACGCAGAUCGACCCCUCUGCACUUAGCAGCCGGUUAUAAUCGAUCCAGAAUCGUCCAAAUUUUGUUACAAAAUGGUGCAGAUGUGCAUGCCAAAGAUAAAGGGGGUCUAGUACCGCUGCACAACGCCUGCUCAUACGGUCAUUUUGAAGUCACCGAAGCACUUCUGAAGCAUGGGGCGGCGGUGAACGCUAGUGACCUAUGGGCCUUUACUCCGCUGCACGAGGCGGCCAGCAAGUCAAGGGCUGAAGUGUGCUCGUUGCUACUGAGCGAGGGCGCCGAUCCUACUCAGCUAAACUGUCACAGCAAGAGUGCUAUUGACGUGGCACCAACGCUGGAGCUCCAGGAGAGAUUAGCAUAUGAGUACAAAGGCCACUGUCUACUGGACGCCUGCAGGCAGGCCGAUCCGGCGAAGCUGAAAAAGUACCUGUCUCCAGAGGUGGCGAACUUCAAGCAUCCCUACUCGGGGGACACGCCGCUGCAUUGUGCGGCCGCGUCCCCCUACCCGAAGCGUAAACAGAUCGUUGAGAUGCUCAUACGGAAGAAUGUCGCGCUCAACGAGAAGAACAAGGACUUCCUAACUCCUCUGCAUGUAGCCACUGAUCACUCACACUACGACGUCAUGGACGUGCUGUUGGCGCACAACGCCAAGGUCAACGCACUCGACGGCCUUGGACAGACGGCACUCCACAGGUGCGCUCGAGAAGACAAUAUUCAAGCGUGCAGAAUCCUUCUAUCGUAUAACGUCGACCAGUCGAUAGUGUCGCUUCAAGGCUAUACGGCCGCGCAAGUCGCUACAGAAAACGUCCUUAAAAUUCUGCAAGAUCCGCCAAAUGGAUCCGAAGAUGCCGAAGCUCAGCUACUGGAAGCCAGUAAAUCGGGUGACCUGACGGCUGUCGAGCGAAUCCUCCAGGCUAACCCGCAUUCCGUUAACUGCCGAGAUUUGGAUGGAAGGCACUCAACUCCCUUGCACUUCGCUGCCGGUUACAACAGAGUUCCCGUCGUGGAGUACCUUUUGGCUCAUGGCGCCGAUGUUCAUGCAAAGGAUAAAGGGGGUUUAGUACCACUGCAUAACGCAUGUUCCUACGGUCACUACGAGGUGACCGAGUUGUUGGUGAAGCACGGCGCCUCAGUAAAUGUAGCCGACCUCUGGAAGUUUACUCCACUGCACGAAGCCGCGGCCAAGGGCAAGUGCGAAAUCGUUCGACUUCUAUUGCACCACGGCGCUGACGCUACCAAGAAAAACCGCGACGGUGCGACACCUCUCGAUUUAGUACGCGACGGUGACCAGGAUGUCGCGGAUCUCCUCAGAGGCAACAGCGCGUUGCUCGAUGCGGCUAAGAAAGGAAAUCUGGCCAGGGUACAGAGGCUCGUUACGCAGGAUAAUAUUAACUGCAGAGAUGCUCAGGGAAGGAAUAGUACGCCUCUUCAUCUGGCCGCUGGAUAUAACAACCUUGAGGUUGCUGAGUUCCUACUCGAACGUGGUGCAGACGUAAAUGCACAGGACAAGGGCGGACUGAUCCCGCUGCACAACGCCUCGAGCUAUGGUCAUCUAGACAUCGCUGCUCUUCUCAUCAAAUAUAGCACGGUGGUGAAUGCAACGGACAAAUGGGGUUUCACUCCUCUGCACGAGGCUGCACAAAAGGGUCGCACUCAGUUGUGUGCACUGUUGCUAGCUCAUGGUGCUGACCCGUUCCUUAAGAACCAGGAAGGUCAAAGCCCAGUGGAUUUGGCCAGUGCUGAUGAUGUUAGAAGCCUCCUGCAGGACGCCAUGGCAUCUCAGCAAGUUGUUACUUCCAUACCACCUAUGACCAUGAACACCAGCACUUCUAGUAGAUCACCUAGCAGCACUGCCGGUGAGCAUCAUCUCCCAGUGUCUCCGCCACCAUCGCUCGCCCAAGAAACCGUGAUAAUGCCUUCAGGCUUAGCGAUGACGUUGUGCGUGCCUUUGGCUAGACCAAGCUCCUGCAUAAGUCCGAUCGGCUCUGGUGUUGAUCAACCUCAACAGCAUUGCAAUUCCGAGCGAGGAAGCGAGUCCAAGGAAUCGUGUAGCGAAAGAAGCGGCUCCGGAUCUGCCAGUGGUGCCAUCACCAACAUCAGCAAUUUCCUGCAGAGCCUAGGUCUCGAGCACCUACUAGAGCUCUUCGAACGCGAACAGAUCACUCUGGAUAUUCUUGCCGAAAUGGGUCACGAGGAUCUGAAGCAAGUUGGCGUAUCCGCUUACGGUUACAGGCAUAAGCUCAUCAAAGGCAUGGACAAGCUUUUGAAUUCGGCCGCUGGAUCAAUAUGGCAGCCAACGAUUAAUCCAGGAACGCUACUCGUUGAUUUGCUAGCUGAAGAUAAGGAAUUUCUGGCUGUUGAAGAGGAAAUGCAGAGUACCAUUAGAGAACACAGAGAUAAUGGACACUCGGGUGGAAUCUUCUCGCGGUACAAUAUCGUUAGAAUACAAAAAGUGCAAAAUCGUAAACUUUGGGAGCGCUACGCUCAUCGCCGUCAAGAGGUAGCAGAGGAGGUUGGUGCGACGACUGCUCCGACGUCUCCAAGUUCAACGAGUCGAGUCAAUACAUGCUCGGCUACGUCACUGGCAAACGAGCGUAUGCUCUUCCACGGCAGUCCAUUCAUCAAUGCUAUCGUCCAGAAGGGCUUCGACGAGCGGCAUGCCUACAUUGGCGGUAUGUUCGGAGCUGGUAUUUAUUUCGCUGAGCACAGUAGCAAGAGUAACCAGUAUGUCUACGGAAUCUGCGGAGGUACAGGUUGUCCUGUGCACAAAGAUCGAAGCUGUUACAUUUGUCAUAGACACCUACUACUUUGUCGGGUAACGUUGGGCAAAUCAUUCCUGCAAUUCUCAGCAAUGAAGAUGGCUCAUGCACCACCAGGCCACCACAGCGUUAUGGGACGUCCAUCGCAAGGUGGUCUUGUCUUCCCCGAGUACGUGGUCUACCGUGGCGAGCAAGCCUAUCCCGAAUACCUCAUCACCUAUCAGAUCGUGCGACCUCAACAGGAAUCUGGCCAGCUCGGCGAGUCUGCCGAAGAGCGGUGAUCGCAAGCGUUGUCGGAGGGCGCCGUGGCCGCCCGACUACGACAGCUCUGCUGCUGCCAACGACCCAAGCUUUGCGACUCGCUUUCCUGAUCUCGACAUGCUCUUCGAUGCUUGGCGAUAAAGCUCACAGAGGUUAAGAUAUGGGAUUUACUUGGAAUUAGCCGAAAUUAAAAGGUGAAAUUACUACAAAUUUCAGGGCGAAUGUUAAACCUGCUGUUUUUGGUUUCGAUACUUUUUUUUUAUUGAUACACUUUAGAUUUUACUUAUGUUUUGCACAUGGUAUAUCCGUUAAAUAUGGAAUUGAUGAGGAUGCGUUUCAAAUAUUUAAUUUUUUUUAAUUCAAAACAAAUAGUGCGACUUUUUAAAUCAAAUUAUAAUUUCUUUGAGUAUCAUUUUCCAUGCCAAUUUAAAUUUUUAAUAAUCAAGAAAAUCGUUUAUAUAAUGCGUUUUCAGUAGUUUGCAUGAGAAAAUAUAUCCAAAAUGUAAAUUUAUGUAUAUUAGUUACCGAUAACUGAUUCGCAUUAAAUACUCAAAAUCAUAUUCAAGAAUCAACUUCAGUUAACCUAAUAAUAUUUUUGUAUGUGGAUUUAUUGAAACUCAUGGGCACUAUCAAAAUGAAUAUGCAUCUAUUUUUCCAUUGAUCUUAUAUUAUCGAAUUUAUUCAUAGAUAAAGAAAACUUUUGAAGACUAUGUAAUCAAAUUGUAUAUCAUCGAUACGAAACAUUACAUCGGUUUACGAAUGCCAAAUGGAUAUAAACUCGCAUAAAAAUAUCCAGUCAGAAUCCGUCUCGGUUUACUUUGAUCGGGGAGCGAAUGCAUUAGCGGCUUUUGAAUACAGGCAAGGAUGACUAAUAGUCCAGUAUUCUCGAAGUAUGAAAAAAAGCUAUUUAUGUAUAUAAAAAGUACAGAUUUUUGAAUUGAUAUGGUUUAUUAUAUUUGUGGAAUCGGUUCAUAAAUAAUUGCUUCAAAACAGUUAUUUUACAAUAAUAGUUUUCAUAUAUUGAAUUUAGUCAUCUGCGCAUGCAUCGAAAAUCAAUGAGUCGAAUAAUUGGCAGCAUGAGUACUAUAUAGUGCGUGUGAGAGACGACGUUCCAGGAUAAUCAUAUGAAUUUUCCAGUUAAUUGUGGCCUUGUACAUAUAGUAUAUCAGUUUUGCUAAAAUCAACUUCUUUAUCCUAUAUGUCCGAAAGUUGUCUCCACUUUGCGAUUUACGCGUAUUUAGAAGACGUUUCCGAAUCUUUUUUUCCUUUUUCUUUUUUACUUUUAUUCUCUUAGGAUAAACUGGUUUGUAUAUUACUGACAACCACCGACUUGUAAGGUAUGCAAGGAAUUUCGAGAUAUUAUUUCUACAUUUACUUGAAAAAAGGACUGAGGAAAAAUAUACAUAUACAUACAUUCACUUCUAUCUAUAGGAAAAGUAAAUCUAAGUACUUGAUAUGGUUGUAUUUUUUAGUACCGAUAACGUAAAACGCGUUUGGUGCGCAGUCACGCACUCCAGUUAUGGGAUUUGAAUGGCGUUCAUUUAAUCUUUUUUUUUUAUUUUAUACGAUAAAUAAUAAAGGGCAAUUAUUUAAUAUGAUACAAUUUUUAACGACCUUUGCGAUGUAAAUUUCCAAUUGUAAAUUAUUACGGCCGAUGUCGAUUAUGUCCAAUUUUAGACGUCAUGUGAUUUAAAAUGAAAAUAAUCUUGGUGCAGCAUUUGUUUAGAGAGCUUCCAUUAGUUAUUUGCUCAUAUGUUUUUUUCAAGUUGAAAUUAUAUUUAUUUAAAAAAGUAUUAGUAUAGUGCACAGUAUCGAAUAUUAUUGCGCAGUGAUAUUUUAAUAAACUUAUUAAUUUCGAAUCGCUCUCGUAACAGAAGUAGCUCAUUCAGUCUUUCCAUAAAAUUGAUGAUUUUUCAUUUGUUUUGACCGACAAACAAGAGCAGCUUUACUGAUGCUAAAUUAUAUGCAUUUAUCGAUUCAGGUCAGUCUCAAUGUGACUAAAAUACUUGUUCUUUUUUUCAUCCUCACCUACACGCAUAUCUUGUUUAAAUCGAACGAUCGAGGCCUCUUUCUGGCGUUUAAAAGGAAAAUUCCCAACAUUUCUUCGUACAGCUAAAAAUUAUUUUUGUAUAAAGUUAAAACUGUGCGACAAAUUUGGAACUUAUUUCUAAAGUCGAGUUAAAUUCAAAGGAGCAAAUAGAAAUAAUAAGUCUUUCAAAUGCACGAUUGAAGUACACUGCGCAUACGGUAAUAAUGGAUUGAUUCUGAAAUGAAUUUGGAUGUAAAUUUGUUUUAGACGAAAAAGAAAAUAAAAAAAGAAUACGUCUGUUCCGAGGCUUUUCGAAGCACAAUUCUUUCAUCGAACUGAGAAAGAUGCAAAAGUCAAAGGUGUGAAAACGAAAUGAUUUCUUGAAAAAAAUCAUAUAUAAUAAAAAUAAAUUAUUUUUAGUCAUUGUUAUUCCAAAUUACGUAACGAAUAAUUUCUUUUCGAUUAUUGGUCUAUUUAUUGGAUUAUUAUAUAUGAUUUUUUUUAAGAAAUAUUAAAUUUCAAGAGAAGCAACAAAAUAAAUGCAUAACAAAAUCAUGAAAUGUAUUGUUAUAAAGAUAAUACUAAUAAAAAUGUAACUAUAAAAAACAGUGCCCUGCCACAGAUUUAAAAAAUCAAGCAUUUUUAUCGUUGUAAGCAUGUAUAAGAUACGCUUACGAUUUUCUUUUUGCAAAUAGUUGUAUGUGUGCGAAUUUUUAAUUACUUCUGCGCAAAAGCGUGUAAGUACGUGUAUUUGAGUAAGCGUCGUUCAUUUUUGUAAGCUGCGAAUGAAUUAAGGAUUUAUAUAGUGUGUAAUAGAAUUGUAAUUAAUAUUAACGUCUAACAAAAAUUUUUUUGGAGCUGGUCACGAGACAAAGACUGCAGCGAUAGAUUUUCAGUUCUUAUUGUACAUGAUUCAUUAUUUUGCAUAAUGGUUGAAAAAUUCUUUGUAUAGAAUUAAAGUUUUGAUAUUCUUAUUCGACUUAUUAAAAUAUGGUUUUGGUACUAUACGCAUUAAAUAACUAAAGUAACGAUGUACGCAUAUUUGGUGUGACAAAUUAGAACCGUGAGUUAAAGAGAAUUUGUUAUGUUAGAGAUCGUCCUUUGAAGGAUGCGAAAAUCGAUAUUCAUUCGUAGCAUAGCUAAUAUUUGUAAAUAAAAUUAAAAACAACGUAUAGCUGAUUAAACUGUAUACUAGCGAAAAAAUAUUCUUAAAAAGAAUGCUCUAAAUAUUUCAAUGCGAAAAAUGUUCUGACCAUUUCUUUUGUGAAAGUAAAUUCGAUUUUCUGUUAACCGAAAUGGUCAAGUAACAAAUUAUGUUCACGAUUUCGUAAUUUGAAUGAAUAUUUUGUGAUUUUGAUUUUAAUAAAAUGACGUGGGCGAAAAAAGGCCAAGUUUGCGUAAACGUGAAGUUUACACAAAUACUUUGGCAGAUAAAAGUUUACAUACCGUGUAAAAAGUUGGCGGUAAAAACGAAUGUAUUUCAAAGUAAUGAAACUAAAAAAAAGAGACACGUUAAUAAUAUAGAGUAAUUAAAUACUAUGCUAACGUCGGUAUAAAUAUAUAUACACAUCACGCACAGCGAAUUUUAAGUGCGUAUAAUUGAAUUGUGGUGACUUUAAUUUGGUGUUCUGGUGCAUGAUGAAUUUAGCUUGCUAUUUGGAGGGAUGAAACAAUUUUAAAUUUUGAAAUUUUAAUGUACGCAUUCAUUUUUUGUACACUGAGAAAAAAACAUAAAAUUAAAUUAAUAUAAUUUAUUUUGCAUUAAAACAAAUCCAAAAUAUAUUAAAUAUUGUACUGCAUGCAAUCCAGUAUGAGUAUACGAUUUAGCAUACAAACUUGUAAUCUAUUCCUUAAACUUAAACUAUUGAAUUCAUCAGAACGAGUAACUCGAUCUACCAUGGAUAAAAUUAUUGAGCACUUUUUUAAUUUUGUGUUUUUGAAAUGAUUCGAAAACUCCAGAAAUAAAAAAUAAAUUUCUAAGUGAAAAGUUUUUCUUUAUCGUGCUAGAGAAUUUUAAAAAAUAUGCAGUAAAUACAUGAGUUUUAAGGAAAAGUUACAUAAAUAGAAAGAAUGACAGCCUUUGAUUUUAUAUAAUUGUGACAGUUUGCGACUGAAAGUGAAAAGCGUGAAGCGAUAAUUGUAUUCGGGAGAAACAUUUGCCUGUAUGGAAAUGGAACUUCGAUCAGCAUGAAUAAUGUGACUAAUUUCAAUAAAUAGCAACUAUGAAAGAAAA